AUAUUGAAAUUUGUUUCACUUGGUCUACAAGGAACUUGGGGGCUCUCGAUUUAGAUCCCUUCACGUUGGUGUUGUGAGAAAUGAGUAGAGUGCCUAAAGUUUUUGGCAAGACCUAUGCGACUCCGCGGAGACCGUUUGAAAAGGAGCGUUUGGACCAAGAGUUAAAGCUCAUUGGUGAAUAUGGUCUGCGCAACAAACGCGAAGUAUGGAGAGUAAAAUAUGUCUUAGCCAAGAUACGUAAGUCAGCCCGCGAGUUGCUGACACUGGAUGAUAAAGACCCCAGACGGCUUUUUGGAGGGUCCGCUCUGCUGAGACGCUUAGUUCGAGUUGGUGUACUUCCCGAAGAUAAGAUGAAACUGGAUUUCGUUUUGGGCUUGAAGAUAGAAGACUUUUUAGAACGAAGACUUCAAACUCAAGUUUUUAAACUUGGUUUGGCCAGAAGCAUCCAUCAUGCCAGAGUCCUCAUCCGCCAACGGCACAUAAGAGUGAGGAAACAGAUGGUUAACUGUCCUGGGUUUCUGGUACGUUUGGACUCAGGAAAACAUAUAGAAUACAGUACAACAUCUCCAUAUGGUUGUGGUCGCCCUGGUCGUGUCAAAAGGAAAAAGGAGCGUAAAGCCCAAGGUGGUGACGACGAGAACGGAAGUGAUGAAGAGUGAUUAUUACCUUCAACGGAAUAAAUAUCGAAAUUGCAUGAUUUUGUUCUUAGUAGUUAAAUUUGGAAAGCAGUCAGUUAGACCCGUGGUUAGUCUGAUCCUCAAGUGCAAGCAAGAAUAAAUGCUUUAGAAGAAGAAGAGAAAGCUCUGCAUGCACUAAACUUACAGGACGACUCACAAGACCGUUUUGUAUACUAGCUCUCUUUUCUGUAUAUAACCCGCGAAUUUUAAUUUUCAAAUAAACGACUGGUGGUCUCCAUUCCAUGUUCCCUCUGUGGUGUGAAGUGUUCAGUUGACACUGUGUUUGUUGUGGCUUUAGGUCUUCCCGCUUUCCAGUGACUGCUGAUUGCACGUGUUACAUAGUGAUUUUUGUACUUGUGGUUAUCCUUGCUUUGUG